AUGGGGGCUGUUCUGGACGCCUUCUCCCUGGCAGCAUGGGUGCCGUGCCUGUGCAGCAGUGCCACUUGUCUGAUCUGCAGUUGCUGCCCUCACAGUAGAAACUCCACAGUCACCAGAAUCAUCUAUGCCUUUUUCCUGCUGCUCGGGACCAUUGUGGCCUGUGUCAUGCUGUCGCCGGGCGUGGAUCAACAACUGAAGAGGAUUCCAGGCUUCUGUGGGAACGGGGCCGGAUCCUCUGUUCCAGAUUUUGAGGCGAAUGUCAACUGUAAGAUGUUUGUUGGCUACAAAGCUGUGUACCGGGUCUGUUUUGGCAUGAGCGUGUGGUUCCUGUGCCUGUCUGCUUUCAUGACUAAUGUUAAAAACAGCAGAGACCCCCGUGCUGCAAUACACAAUGGAUUUUGGUUCUUUAAAUUUGCUUCGUUAUUGGCAAUAACAGCUGGUGCCUUCUACAUCCCAGAUGAACCCUUUACUUACGUGUGGUUUAUAAUUGGUUCUGCUGGAGCGUUCUUUUUCAUCCUAAUCCAGCUAAUUCUGCUGGUCGACUUUGCCCACUCUUGGAACGAGGCCUGGGUGGGGAACAUGAAUGCCAGCAGCUCCAGAGGCUGGUAUGCAGCCUUACUGUGUGUGACUGUCUUCAACUACCUGCUGUCAGCCGUGUCUAUCAUCAUGAGCUUCCUCUUCUACACAAAACCGGAGCAGUGCCAGCUCAACAAGUUCUUCAUUAGCUCCAACAUGCUGCUCUGUAUUCUAGCCUCUGUCAUCUCCAUUCUGCCUAAAGUCCAGGAGAACCAGCCACGCUCCGGUCUCCUGCAGUCGUCCAUCAUCACCUUGUACACUAUAUUUCUGACCUGGUCGGCCAUGACCAACGAGCCUGAUCGCAGUUGCAACCCCAGCCUGCUGAGUAUCUUGCAGCACAUCGCGGCUCCCACCACGCCCCCCCUGGAAACGGAGAAUCAAACAGCCGUCAUCAUCAUCGGCACAGAGGAGCCCGUGCUCACCUCCCCCUACCUCAGGUGGUGGGACGCACAGAACAUCGUUGGACUGUCUAUUUUUGUCUUCAGCAUCCUUUAUUCAAGCAUCCGCUCGUCCAACACCAGCCAAGUGAACAAGUUGACAAUGGCGUCCAAAGACUCUGUGAUCCUUGCGGAGAGCGGCAGCAGUGUGGAGCUGUCGGAGGAGGUUUCCGCACACAGACGAGUCCAGGAUAAUGAGAAGGACAUGGUGCAGUACAGUUACUCCUUCUUUCACUUCAUGCUCUUCCUGGCCUCGCUCUACAUCAUGAUGACACUCACCAGCUGGUACAGCCCGGAGGCGGACUACUCGGUCAGCAGCACGUGGCCGGCAGUGUGGGUGAAGAUCUCGUCCAGUUGGGUUUGUCUGGGCCUCUACAUGUGGACCCUAGUGGCACCCAUGAUCCUCACCAACCGCGACUUUACAUGA